AUGGACUCGCUUAUAGAGAUUGUAUCAAAGACUAUCAGCAACUUGCAAGACAAAGUCUCCUUCCUGGAGACCCAAAAGCAGCACUACAACGAUAUAAAACUGCAUCUGGCAGACUACUGUCCUGAGCAGGCUGGCGACGACGAGACAAGACAAAGGGGUUUGGUUCUGGGAGAGCUUAUCAUCUCGUCGAAAAUCUAUUUGAAUAUCGGAUAUGAAUACUACGUCGAGAAAAGUCAGCAAGAAGCGUUGCGUUAUGUCACUGACAAGCUGCGGCUCAUAGAUGACGCCGUUCUCCAGUUUACUGCAAAAAACAAGGAAGCAAACGAAACCCUGAAAAACUUGAGACAAGCACAGGAUUUAGAACGCAACAGUGAGUCUCGCGAAGAUGCGGAUCCUUCCAUCGACCCCGCAGAAAACGAUGAGGGCUUGCCGUUUAUGGAAAUUAGAGAAGACCUCGACGACGACGGCAAUGUCUUGUCAGGCUCUGUAAAACCUACCUCAGGCCAAAACGGUGCAGCAUCAGAGAGCUCUCAAACAGCGUCGAAAAUUGAAGAGAUCAAAGAUGAUGGCGAAGAAAGUUCCAAUAAAGGCUUCGAUCGCGAUUUCGAAACAAACGUUCGUCGCAACGCAACUUCCACACUCGCAAACUCAUCGAGUUCACAAGUUGUCGCCGGUCAACAAGCUACUGACACCUCUUCAGUCAAGCAAGAAGAAACACCUUACUCGCCCAGCGUAAACUCCAACCAGUACGCAAUCGACCCCAAUGACAUGUACACUUUUGAUGACAUCGUGGAACAACUAGAGCAACAGGAUCUACUAGAAGACGGAGAUAUCGACGACGAGGACGUUCACUACGAUUUUAACUCUUAUAAUGCGGAGUACCAUGAUGACGAUGAUGCCGAAAAUGAAUCACAAUAUGAUGACAGCGACGAUUACGAAGAUUAUCCAGAGUCCUCCAUUCCUUCAAUUAUACCUGACGUUGCCAGAAGUCGCUUUAUGGAACAAAUAAAUGCAUUGCGAUCCUCGAAAAUAAACGGAACCGCUCAGAAUGCGACUGCUACGACUACCAAGCCGAUUUUGAAGAAGGACAAAAAAGCUGGAGAACCAAAAAAGAGGGUCGGAUUCGCUCCCGAGCUGGAUGUCUUCGAAGUGGAGAACGUCAAACACGAGACAAAAGCCAAUACUUUCACCGGUAGAGCUCCAAUGGCUAGCUUUGCGGCCGUUUCUUCCGUCGACGAAGAGGGUUUCGAUCCAGACCUAUUUGCCCAGCUCAUAGGUGCCAAAAACUCCGAAGAAGUCCAUGACAAGUUUCAAAGUGAGGUGCAAGACGACCCGCCGAAGAGAAAGGCUAGGAUCUCGCGCUUCAAAAAAGACAUGUCUUCAACAAGAAGCACUUCGGCGGUCACUGAAAAACUACAGGAUGACAAACCCUGGCAUAGCGAUAUUAAAGAAAAGAACACUGGUGUUAUGGCUGACGUCCAGGAGAAGAAUGCUGUGAUCGACGCCAUAGUACCAGAAAUAAAGAAAAACGGGAAUGGUUCAAAAAAGGUGGAUGGCUCUCAGAAAGCAAAUCUGGGCGACUCGUCAGACAUCUCUGCUGUUUCUGAGAAACUAUCUGCAACCCAUAUUCAAGACAGCCAAGAAGCUAGCAAGCACAAAAGUCUGUUUAAAAAGAACUUGCGCUCGUUGAGUAAACCACCUUCGAAAGCACCGCGCAAAAACACCUCGGUUUUGGCAAAAAUUACUGAAAAACAAGAAAUGGAGCCCGAGAACCCGCUUGUGCUACGGAAAGCGGAUGAAAUGCCGAUUUUCGACAAUGCAGACGCCAAACCGUUCCCAGAAGAAGUUGCCGCCAUUGUGAACCAAGACACCCAGCAGGUGGUGCAAAAUCCGCGCUUUGACUACCAAGGACUUGGCGAAAACUUGGACGGCAUGGCUCGAGCAUACCUCCUUGGUCUAUACAACGACGACGUGGAAGAUGCGGGCACUGUGGUCGAGCGUCUGGACGAUUUCAAAAAUUACAACAAGGAAGCUGAAAGCUUGAAAGGUGAAAUAGCUUCAUUUUUGGCGCAGAACCCGGCGCCUGCUUUUCCAACAGACGAGCGCGAGCGCGAAACCGAGGGCGGCGACGAUAGCAGUAACGAUCAAGAUGGACCUGUAACGACUGACGUGGUGGAAAAAGAGGUUUCUCUGCCACCCGAUUAUGAUGCAGACGACAUUGCCUUGAGUGGCGAAAACCUACACUACGAGGUCGCGGUAGAAUACCAGCGUUUACGACAGAAAAUGAUAGCGUCGCAGGGAAACGUUGAACGGGCGCCAGAAGAAUUACAAAGAGAACCCAUUGACGAGCAUGGGAACCCAGUCAAGACUAGCAGAUUCAAGGCUGCCAAGCUGAGAUUUCAAACCCAGUAA